AUGUGUCUAGAAGAUGAAAAGGGGACUCACUUGGCCCUCGAUCUGAAAAUUGCCAGAGAAAUAGAGGCCAUGGCCGAUAGGAUCGGCCGGUUCGGACAUGAGGAUCACUGCAGAAACAAUGGUAAACAAGCGAACGGAGGUAAAGUGGCUGUCAGGAAGGAGGUGUAUCGCAGAGACCAAAGGAAUGGCCGGGAUAGGAAACCAGGGGAGGAUGAAAUAAGUGUGAAGGCAGGCAGACAAACCGGUGGCGACUCGACUAUCGAGGCGAGGGCCAUGAUUAAGUUUGGGGACGGGAAAUUUGGUGUAGUGUAUCGAGGGGCGAUUCCAGGAUGA